AAAUACGUGCACGCCAUGCGCAGUCUCAGUUAGCGUCUCACCCUGAACGCCCGCGAUUCUAGUGUAAACACACCUUAAUUUUUACAAAAAGUUCGAAAUUUGAAGUGAAUCAAAAUGGCUAUCAGCAGAUUGUCAAUUGUUAAAUUUUUGGAGUUGGCGCUGACAUGUUCGUGUGUGGCGCUUCACUACCACAGCUACAAUUCUGAUGCUGACAUCGGCAUGCUGGUCACCGGCACCUUUGUGGGCUACCUCAUCAUCUUUGCUGGUGCUGCGGCUGGUUACGUGAUGCAGACGCCAUCGCACAAGCGAAUCGACAUUUUCUACUCGUUGGUCGGAGUCGCCCUCUUUGUAGCCAGCGGAGCUAUUAUUAUUGACAGAUACCAACACGCCUCCAAGAAUGACUACACCAACAAAAACUUGGCCAAGGCCUCGCUGGCCAUCAUCAACGGAGCAGUCCUGCUUAUUGACGCUGUUCUGACGCAGCGUGGAGGCUAAACAUAUUUCUCCAACACAUGUAGACUUUUUGAACAUUAGACCUUUUAUGAAGCAAGCCCAGUUUUUGAUAUUUUUACUCUAAGUUUUCGUUUGGUGACUCCUACAUAAAUGUUUAAAACCUAAGCUUUUGUUCCUGUAACGCUUCGACGUUGUAGAACAAAAAACUUAUCCACUCUGAAAACAAGUUAUUUGAUGGCAUUUAAAUGAUGUAUUUACUUAUAAACUAGUAUUUUACACAUGUUUUUCAAAGCCUGUGGAAAAAAUUGCCUACUGUUUAAAAAGUUUGCAUGUAUACAUACAAACGUAACACUUCUUCGAACUGUCCACUUUUACGAAUUUUUAAAUUAGUACUGCUAGUUUUUUUUGGAAAAUAU